CAACUUUUCUCUCUCUAACCUAAGCUUCUUCUCUCUCUAGGCCUCUUCGAAUCUCCCUUUGCUGCUUCGGGUCCUGAAAACCCCAUAAUCAGGACCCAUUUUUUUUCAUGGAUUCCAUCUUGGUAUUUGUUCACAAAAGUUGGGGUCUUGGUGGUAAUGUGGUGGGCUGAGUGUGGUGUUGUUCUACGGCUAUGGAUUCUUCUUCUGAGGGCAUUGUGUAUGAUCCAUCAAAAAUCAAUAAGUUGAGUAUGGAGGAAAAGAGAGAACUUGUCUAUGCAGUGUCAAAGUGGUCACGUGGUGGCCCUGAAAUGCUACAGUCAUGGAGUCGUCAGGAGAUUUUACAGAUCCUGUGUGCAGAGAUGGGAAAAGAAAGGAAAUAUACCGGCUUGACAAAGUUGAAAAUUAUAGAACACCUUCUAAGAGUUGUUUCUGAAAAGAAUUCAGUGGAGCAAGAGGUGGUUACAAACCAUGAAAUAAAUCAUGAAUCACAGCCUUCAGCUGCAACUAACCAAAGGACUUCCAAGAGGCAACGGAAAGCUGAUCACCCUUCUCGAUUACCUGUUGCGGCAAACAAUCAUUCAAUCAGUAAUGGUGAUGGUGAUUUAGGCAAUGCUAUAUACUGCAAAAACUUAGCUUGCAGAGCUAACUUAAGUCGAGAAUAUGAAUUUUGCAAGAGGUGUUCAUGCUGCAUUUGUCAUCAAUACGAUGACAACAAGGAUCCUAGCUUGUGGUUAACUUGCAGCUCGGAUCCUCCCUUUCAAGGUGUUUCCUGUGGCAUGUCAUGUCAUCUUGAAUGUGCUUUUAAACAUGAAAAAUCUGGCAUUGCAAAGGAUGGGCGGCAUGUGAGACUAGAUGGGAGCUUUUAUUGUGUAUCUUGUGGGAAAGUGAAUGAUAUGCUCGGAUGCUGGAGAAAACAAUUGAUGAUGGCAAAAGAAACCAGAAGAGUGGACAUACUAUGUUACCGAGUCUCCUUGAGCCAAAAGCUUCUGAAUGGAACAAAAAAGUACCAGAAGCUUUAUGAAAUUGUUGAGGAAGCUGUCAAGAAGCUUGAAGCAGAAGUGGGUCCUUUAACUGGUCUACCUGUAAAAACAGCACGGGGCAUCGUUAAUAGGCUUUCUUCUGGCCCAGAGGUUCAGAGGCUGUGUGCCCUUGCAUUGGAGUCGCUGGAUUCCGUGCUCUCAAACUCUCACCCGCGUCCAGCACCCGGCCCUAAGAUCCAAGAUGCCGGUUUGGUAGCUCCAAGCAUCAGAUUUGAAGAUAUCUGCUCAACAUCUCUCACUGUGAUUUUGGGUUCAGAAGAUUCAUCGACAGACAAUGUGAUCAGUUACAAAUUAUGGCAUCGCAAGUCUAACGAUUUGGAGUAUCCUGCCGAACCUGCUUGUACUAUGUUGGCACCCAACAAGAGGUUUACAUUCUCUGAUUUAACUCCAUCCACAGAGUAUGUUUUCAAGGUUGUUUCCUUCCAGGACACAAGAGAGUUAGGCAUGGGUGAAGUUCAGUUCUCGACAAGCAGCAGUGGAGAUGACAUCCCAAAGAGUUUGGUAGCAGAGAGGAGUCAAAGCCCUGCCACCAACUGUAGCAGCCUAUCCAAUCCUUCCUCUGUGGAAGACGAAACUAAUAACGUUACUCCCUACCAUGACCAGAAUGAGAAUAGGGAGGACAAUUAUCCGGGUUACUGCAAGGGCACUGACAAAAUUGUUUCUACAAAUCUGUCUAAUGAAGCAACGAACUGCACUGGCACUGAUCAAGAAGGAAACCCAGCAGAUUCAGUUUUUGUGUCAGAUGAUGAACGCGAUCUGAGGGUUGUUGUCUCAAUGCCUAAAGUCCUCAAACCUGACAACAAGCCCUCACUCGAAUGCCAGAUCAUAGAGGAGAUGAGCACUGAUAAGGAGUCAAAUACUCCUGUUCGGACUGGCAUGGAAUGCGUGCCCUUCAUGGGUAGCUCGGAAGCUGGCCUGCCCAUUACUCCCUGCAAGCUGGAAAUCUUCAAGGACGGUCUGGGGAGGAAUGGGAGGCCUAAACCUAGCACCAUGGAUCUGGACGAUGGGUCUGGAAAGGGAGACGAGCCCCAAGCUGGCAGCUCAUCAAAGAAACGAAGCGCAGAAAGACAGGAUGAGGAAUGUGCGGCGAAUGGACCUUCUGACAGGGACUUUGAGUACUACGUCAAGGUGAUCAGAUGGUUGGAAUGCGAGGGUCACGUCGAGAAGAACUUCAGGCAGAAGUUCUUGACCUGGUACAGCUUGAGAGCAACUCCACAGGAGGUCAGAAUUGUGAAGGUGUUUGUUGAUACUCUCAUCGAAGAUCCAGCAUCACUUGCAGAGCAGCUCAUCGAUACCUUCACGGAGACCAUCUCAAGCAAGAGAUCAUCUGUCGUGCCCGCCGGCUUCUGUAUGAAGCUGUGGCAUUGACAGGUUCAGAAUUGGGUCCUGCAAUUGCAUUGAAUGAUUUUUAAGCACAAAUCCAAGCAGGGUUUGUGUGGUAGUUGUGAUUCUUUGGAUCCCCAGAAAAUGUUUCUAACAUUUCUUCAUUUAGACUUAUCAUUAUUUAUAUUGAUCAUUGUCCUUUGCCAUUUUUAUUUUGAUGUAAGAAUCUUUAGAGCUAAUUCUAUUUUAUAGAGCAGUUGGCUGUCUCAUUCAAAGAUAAUACCAUUCUGUUUUAUGAAUUUGAUGUUAUUUUUUGUA